AUGGAGCCACGGGUGGUUUCUCUACCGCUGCUGCUGCUUCUGCUUGGGGCCCUGAAGGAAUCUGCCCCCGUGUCCAUUUCCAUGCCAGAGACUGGGACAGAGGCUGAGGCAUCUGAGGCGCAUAAAACUUUCGCUGAGGAAUACAUUGACCUCUACUUCUCAGACGUGACGUCGCUGAACUCCUUGGUCAUGAGGAGCGUAACAAACUACACGUUUGAGGAGAACCUGGAGAUGAUGCAGUCGUUCUUUGGCCUGGAGGUGACAGGUAAACUACACAACGACAUCAUCCAGGUGAUGAAGGCACCCAGAUGUGGUGUGUCUGACAUCAGCAGGUACGGCCACUUUCGUGGACAACCGAAAUGGGAGAAGAAACUCAUUACCUACAGGAUAACACAGUACACCCCUGACCUGACGAGGCGACAGGUGGACGACACCAUCGCCCACGCUUUCAAACUGUACAGCGAUGUCAUCCCUCUGGACUUCAAGCAGAUCACCAGCGGCACGGCUGACAUCAUGAUUCUCUUCAAAGGGGGAUAUCAUGGUGACUUCUACCCUUUUGAUGGACGUGGGGGAGUCCUGGCCAAUGCAAACUCCCUCGACGACACUGGUGGUGGUGUGGGUGGUUUAACAGUUGCGUUACACUUUGACUCUGUGUAA